AUGUUCGGCGUGUUCAAGAAGAAGCAGUCCAGCGGCAGCAGCCGCCGCCGCUACCAGCAACCUGCUUUCCCGGAGAACUUUGCCCCGGACUUUACCGUGCGUCCUGGCGACUCGUAUAUUGCGGCGGCCUCUGCUGCUGAGGCUUAUCUGGCCGAGGCGGACUUUGUGAUGCGCCACGACCAUACCUCGUACGACGCUUCGCAACCUUUCCAACCAGACUUUGCCAAGCGCCCGGGCCACACGUACAAUGCUGCUCAGCCUGUCUCCAGCUCUACUUAUUAUGAUACUGACUUUGCUCCUCGUGUUCAGGAUAGCUACAACGCCGGCCAGCCUCUGACGGACUACAACGCCACCGGUUCUGGUAUAUACGCCCAGCCCACGUCUCUCUCGUUUGCGCCCAUCCCGUCCUCGGAUCCAGCUCCUGGUCUCCACCGAUCCAACGCCACCCGCAAGGCUUCGACGUCGUCCCACCGAACAACUCUUCUCGUUCAGAGGGCCAUGCUCACUCGCCACACGCAAUACUACGACUGUGUUGAGUACCAGUAA